AUGGACGCACAGGACAUCGUAUCCAAUAUCGCCUUCACCACCUCAGGGUCGCUCGUCGACUGUGUCGACAAGAAGAUGCUUGUGGUGUUGCGAGAUGGGAAGAAGCUCAUUGGCGUGCUUCGAUCCUAUGAUCAAUUUGCCAACCUCGUAUUGCAAGACACAGUAGAGCGGGUAUUUGUCGGAAACCGCUACGGAGAUAUCGCACGAGGCGUCUUCCUCGUACGAGGAGAGAAUGUGGUUCUCAUGGGGGAAAUCGAUCUGGAUGCAGAAGACGAGAUCCCACCAUCCAUCGCAGCACCAUUGCCGCCAUCCGCUCUGCCACAGCUCCUCGCAGCAAAGGAGGCAGAGGCGGAAUCAAAGGCAAAGAGCGAAGCAAAGAAGGCCGACAUCCUGCGUAUAGCUAGAGGCUUUUGCGCCGACAAGAGCGGCGAUGGAGACAUGUACUAG